AUGGAACUAUUGUCAAUUCAAGUUAAACAACACCAGCCUCGCUUGAGUACUGGAAACCCUAAUCAGCAACCACGAGUCAGACUAAUAGCUGAUAAUAGAGCUACACUAACCCAAUUGCAACAGCACCAAACGGAUGGAUAAAAUAAUCUCAAUCAGGCAGUCAGAAGUAAGCUAACAAAGAAGAAUUCAUAGCCCCUUUCAGAUGGAUCAAAGCAAAAUGACGAGCAUCAAGAAGAGCAGACAACUAGAAUAGACGACAAUACUUAAAGAGAACCAUAAGUAGUGCAACUAAACGAUUAGUCCAAACAAUAACCUAAAUAACCCAAGCAUCUCCAAUAGCAGCAACUAGCAGCGAUGCAACAACAACAAAAGCAAUACAGCGAAUUUACAAAUGUCCAACUUAAUCAGAAAUCAUUCAGAUAGAAGAAUAGUCUCAAAGUAAUCACUACAUAAUGCCUAGGAAUUGAGUAGAACAGAGAUGUUGAAGCCAGACCCACUUGCAGCAGCCUCUUGAGGGAGUCUAAAAUCAAAAUUCCUCAUAACAAAAAUCAAAAGCCUAAUGACGGACUUUAGCAGCAGCAGCCCUCAUCGAAAGUCUCGUCAAUAAAUGGAAUGCAAAAUUACAAAUCUGUAUUAAAUGAUGAAAGAGGUUUAGAUCAAGUAAGCAAACUUCACAUUGUAUCCUAGCAGCAAUAACAACAAUACCAAUCUCAAUAAAACUAGCAAUAAUUUAAUCAACAUAAAUAAUAGCCUUACUUCCAGUAAUAAGAAUAGUAAUAGUAAUAAUCAUCUCAAUAGCUGUCAUAAGUUACGUCUCCGACAGUAGUUUUCAGAGGCUAGCUCUCCAAUAAAAAAGAAGACUCAUAGGCUCAAUAGAUCAGUCAUUAGUAAUAAAAAUUUGGAAACAAUAGAUAUUCAAAAACAAACGAAAACCCCUAAUCAUCAAGCCAAGGGUGCAACAGUCAAAGACAAUAUGAGAAUUUAAGCCCCAGAUAAAAAUCAAUUACCUAAAAAGAAUUUAGAUCCUAAACCACAGUAAAGAGAGAGUAAUCGCUCAAAUACAUUGAGUAAAAUAGCGGAAACGUAGGAAUUAGGUAGUAUCAAACAAGAGAUUUCAUACCUUUAGAAGACAAUGAUGGCAGCGAUGGAUUUUUCCUCUAUGUAGGAGGUAAUGGAACAACUGGAUGUAGAGAGCCCAAUAAAAACAAUUUUUUCUCCUCAACUCUUAAGGCAGUAACUAGCAAAUUCUCAACUCCGGUAAAGAGUAUUCUCAAAUAGUAAGGACCGAUUAGAUAGACGAACUUUAAAUAAUCGGAUGAAUAUCUAACCUAGAUAGUUAAGUACUAGACUGAAUAAUCAGCCCAUAAGAAGGGAUCAUUAUAGCAAUUAUAAUAACCACAUCAACUCUAAUAUUAAUAACCCUUUUCUAACUAGUAAACAAGCAGUAGCUUAUAUUAGUCUAGCGGCCCAGGAGGGUGA